AUGGCGAAUGCGCCUGCGUCCGCCGGGCCUAUCGAUAUUUCCUCCCUCACACGUGUGGGCAAAGACGAUCUGGGCUUGCUGGAGCAGCCGAAGGCCAGCCGCGGGGCUGCCGCCGGGGCUUCCCCCGGACCUUCCCCUUCAUCCCCCGCCCCAGACCCCAACGCUUUCCUCUGCCUCCCUCCUCCCUUUUGCCAGGAGCCCGCGUACUUCACAGCCUUGGCCCAGAUCUACGUGCGCAGCCAGCCCUAUGGUGGCUCCGACAAGAGCUCGAACGGCCACCGAUAUGAUUCCAUCCCUUUUGCUAACGGCAUGAUCAGUGCAGGCAUGAGUUGUCAGCUGAUUCACUACGUGCAUGAAGAGCAUGACAAGUUCUUCGAGGUGUGCAAGAACUUUCAUGCCAUCAUCGUGCGUUGCAACCCUGGUCAGAUCAAGGCAGACGGGGGAGAUCAGGGCAAGUUCGACGAUGGCAUGCGUGCCAUGCGCAAGCUGGGCAUUCAGGUUUGGCCCUCACCCGACGUCAUGGAGUUCAUGGGCGCCAAGGACGCGCUUUGCAAGGUGGCCACGUUGAACAUUGGCUUGGAGGACACGCUCGCCUACUACACGGCAGAGGAGUUUGCGGCAGGCUUCAAAAAGACGAUGGCUUUCCAGCCGCGUGUCAUCAAGCAGAACAGGGGCUCGUCAGGUGAGGGCAUCUGGAUCAUCAAGCUGAAAGCCGGCAACUACUGCAAGUCCUACGGAGAGAGGUCUUGCACAGACGACGAGGUGUUGGAUCUGAUGGAGGCGAACGACAACCAUGCUGAAGAGCACACCGUGGCGGAGUUCAUCGAGUUCUGUGUGAGCGGCCGCACGUCUAAGUCUGGAACUUGGACAUCGAAGGGCGUCGGCAAGUACUUGGAGGGUGGUAAGGCCGCAGGAGGGCAGCUCGUAGAUCAACGUUUUUGCCCACGCAUUGUGGAAGGUGAGCUGCGCUACAACAUGGUGGGCGACGCACUUGUUGGGAUUAUCCACAAGAAGCCCAAGGAGGGUGGAAUCUCAGCAGUGGGGGGCACAGGAUCUAUAUACACGUUCUACGGCCCGGAGGAACCUAAGUUCAAGGGUCUGACGGAGAAUUUCCUGAAGAGGGACUUGGAGCAUGUGAUGCCAUCCUUGGGUCUAGCAGACGAGCCGAUCCCGCUGUGGUGGACGACGGACUUCAUCCUUGCUUCGCCCGAGGGCACGCCUGCGGAUCAGGAGAAGUGGAUCGUUGGGGAGUUCAACUGCUCCUGCGUGGGCAUUUCCAAGUGCCUGGCUGCCUACUGCAAGGACGACACUCCCAACGCCUGCUACACCGACAUAUCGCCCGAAGAUCUGAAGGAGGCUCAAGGCUAUGGCGACUUGAUGGGAGCCAAGGCCCUGGGGAUCCUCGCGAAGGCGGCCAUGGGCCCCGUGGACCUCAGCGCGCUCACGCAGGUUGCCAAGAGCAGCUUGGGCUUGCGUCCCCAACCCUCCAAGCCGAAGUACAAGACGUCGUUGGCGCAGAUCUACGUGCGCAGCCAGCCCUAUGGUGGCUCCGACAAGAGCUCGAACGGCCACCGAUAUGAUUCCAUCCCUUUUGCUAACGGCAUGAUCAGUGCAGGCAUGAGUUGUCAGCUGAUUCACUACGUGCAUGAAGAGCAUGACAAGUUCUUCGAGGUGUGCAAGAACUUUGAUGCCAUCAUCGUGCGUUGCAACCCUGGUCAGAUCAAGGCAGACGGGGGAGAUCAGGGCAAGUUCGACGAUGGCAUGCGUGCCAUGCGCAAGCUGGGCAUUCAGGUUUGGCCCUCACCCGACGUCAUGGAGUUCAUGGGCGCCAAGGACGCGCUUUGCAAGGUGGCCACGUUGAACAUUGGCUUGGAGGACACGCUCGCCUACUACACGGCAGAGGAGUUUGCGGCAGGCUUCAAAAAGACGAUGGCUUUCCAGCCGCGUGUCAUCAAGCAGAACAGGGGCUCGUCAGGUGAGGGCAUCUGGAUCAUCAAGCUGAAAGCCGGCAACUACUGCAAGUCCUACGGAGAGAGGUCUUGCACAGACGACGAGGUGUUGGAUCUGAUGGAGGCGAACGACAACCAUGCUGAAGAGCACACCGUGGCGGAGUUCAUCGAGUUCUGUGUGAGCGGCCGCACGUCUAAGUCUGGAACUUGGACAUCGAAGGGCGUCGGCAAGUACUUGGAGGGUGGUAAGGCCGCAGGAGGGCAGCUCGUAGAUCAACGUUUUUGCCCACGCAUUGUGGAAGGUGAGCUGCGCUACAACAUGGUGGGCGACGCACUUGUUGGGAUUAUCCACAAGAAGCCCAAGGAGGGUGGAAUCUCAGCAGUGGGGGGCACAGGAUCUAUAUACACGUUCUACGGCCCGGAGGAACCUAAGUUCAAGGGUCUGACGGAGAAUUUCCUGAAGAGGGACUUGGAGCAUGUGAUGCCAUCCUUGGGUCUAGCAAACGAGCCCAUCCCGCUGUGGUGGACGACGGACUUCAUCCUUGCUUCGCCCGAGGGCACGCCUGCGGAUCAGGAGAAGUGGAUCGUCGGGGAGUUCAACUGCUCCUGCGUGGGCAUUUCCAAGUGCCUGGCUGCCUACUGCAAGGACGACACCCCCAACGCCUGCUACACCGACAUAUCGCCCGAAGAUCUGAAGGAGGCUCAAGGCUAUGGCGACUUAAUGGGCAGGAAGGCCAAACAGAUUUUGGAUAGACUUCAAAGCCCGGUGGAUGUGUCUUCGUUAGUGACGGUCGCCAAGGAUAAUCUUGGACUUAGGGCCCAGCCUCGAAAUCCGAAGUACAAGACAUCGCUGGCGCAGAUCUACGUGCGCAGCCAGCCGUAUGGUGGCUCCGACAAGAGCUCCAACGGCCACCGAUAUGAUUCCAUCCCUUUUGCGAACGGCAUGAUCAGUGCAGGCAUGAGUUGUCAGCUGAUUCACUACGUGCAUGAAGAGCAUGACAAGUUCUUCGAGGUGUGCAAGAACUUUGAUGCCAUCAUCGUGCGUUGCAACCCUGGUCAGAUCAAGGCAGAUGGGGGAGAUCAGGGCAAGUUCGACGAUGGCAUGCGUGCCAUGCGCAAGCUGGGCAUUCAGGUUUGGCCCUCACCCGACGUCAUGGAGUUCAUGGGUGCCAAGGAUGCGCUUUGCAAGGUGGCCACAUUGAACAUUGGCUUGGAGGACACGCUCGCCUACUACUCGGCAGAGGAGUUUGCGGCAGGCUUCAAAAAGACGAUGGCUUUCCAGCCGCGUGUCAUCAAGCAGAACAGGGGCUCGUCAGGUGAGGGCAUCUGGAUCAUCAAGCUGAAAGCCGGCAACUACUGCAAGUCCUACGGAGAGAGGUCUUGCACAGACGACGAGGUGUUGGAUCUGAUGGAGGCGAACGACAACCAUGCUGAAGAGCACACCGUGGCGGAGUUCAUCGAGUUCUGUGUGAGCGGCCGCACGUCUAAGUCUGGAACUUGGACAUCGAAGGGCGUCGGCAAGUACUUGGAGGGUGGUAAGGCCGCAGGAGGGCAGCUCGUAGAUCAACGUUUUUGCCCACGCAUUGUGGAAGGUGAGCUGCGCUACAACAUGGUGGGCGACGCACUUGUUGGGAUUAUCCACAAGAAGCCCAAGGAGGGUGGAAUCUCAGCAGUGGGCGGCACAGGAUCUAUAUACACGUUCUACGGCCCGGAGGAACCUAAGUUCAAGGGUCUGACGGAGAAUUUCCUGAAGAGGGACUUGGAGCAUGUGAUGCCAUCCUUGGGUCUAGCAAACGAGCCCAUCCCGUUGUGGUGGACGACGGACUUCAUCCUUGCUUCGCCCGAGGGCACGCCUGCGGAUCAGGAGAAGUGGAUCGUCGGGGAGUUCAACUGCUCCUGCGUGGGCAUUUCCAAGUGCCUGGCUGCAUACUGCAAGGACGACACCCCCAACGCCUGCUUCGAUGAUAUUUCGCCCGAAGAUCUGAAGGAAGCUGAAAGAUAUGGAGAGCUCAUGGGAGCGAAGGCUUUGAGCAUCUUGGAGAAGGUACGUGCCCCCGUAGACACCGCUCCGUUGUCCAAAGUUUCCAAGGACGAUCUUGGACUUCAAGCGCAACCAAAGAAGCCUACUUACAAGAUUGGUUUGGCACAGAUCUACGUGCGCAGCCAGCCGUAUGGUGGUUCCGACAAGAGCUCGAACGGCCACCGCUAUGAUUCCAUCCCUUUUGCUAACGGCAUGAUCAGUGCAGGCAUGAGUUGUCAGCUGAUUCACUACGUGCAUGAAGAGCAUGACAAGUUCUUCGAGGUGUGCAAGAACUUUGAUGCCAUCAUCGUGCGUUGCAACCCUGGUCAGAUCAAGGCAGAUGGGGGAGAUCAGGGCAAGUUCGACGAUGGCAUGCGUGCCAUGCGCAAGCUGGGCAUUCAGGUUUGGCCCUCACCCGACGUCAUGGAGUUCAUGGGUGCCAAGGACGCGCUUUGCAAGGUGGCCACAUUGAACAUUGGCUUGGAGGACACGCUCGCCUACUACUCGGCAGAGGAGUUUGCGGCAGGCUUCAAAAAGACGAUGGCUUUCCAGCCGCGUGUCAUCAAGCAGAACAGGGGCUCAUCAGGUGAGGGCAUCUGGAUCAUCAAGCUGAAAGCCGGCAACUACUGCAAGUCCUACGGAGAGAGGUCUUGCACAGACGACGAGGUGUUGGAUCUGAUGGAGGCGAACGACAACCAUGCUGAAGAGCACACCGUGGCGGAGUUCAUCGAGUUCUGUGUGAGCGGCCGCACGUCUAAGUCUGGAACUUGGACGUCUAAGGGCGUCGGCAAGUACUUGGAGGGUGGUAAGGCCGCAGGAGGGCAGCUCGUAGAUCAACGAUUUUGCCCACGCAUUGUGGAAGGUGAGCUGCGCUACAACAUGGUGGGCGACGCACUUGUUGGGAUUAUCCACAAGAAGCCCAAGGAGGGUGGAAUCUCAGCAGUGGGCGGCACAGGAUCUAUAUACACGUUCUACGGCCCGGAGGAACCUAAGUUCAAGGGUCUGACGGAGAAUUUCCUGAAGAGGGACUUGGAGCAUGUGAUGCCAUCCUUGGGUCUAGCAGACGAGCCGAUCCCGCUGUGGUGGACGACGGACUUCAUCCUUGCUUCGCCCGAGGGCACGCCUGCGGAUCAGGAGAAGUGGAUCGUCGGGGAGUUCAACUGCUCCUGCGUGGGCAUUUCCAAGUGCCUGGCUGCCUACUGCAAGGACGACACCCCCAACGCCUGCUUCGAUGAUAUUUCCACUGCAGAUUUGAAGGAGGCAGAGCGCUAUGGGACACUGAUGGGUCAGAAGGCUCUUGGUAUCCUGGAGCAGGCAGCAAACCCAGUUGAUGUUUCCAGCUUACGGAAGGUUGCCACGGACAAGCUUGGGCUGCUUCGGCAGCCUGCCAGCCCGAGCUUCAAGACUGCACUGGCCCAGAUUUACGUGCGCAGCCAGCCGUAUGGCGGCUCAGACAAGAGCUCGAACGGCCACCGCUAUGAUUCCAUCCCUUUUGCCAACGGCAUGAUCAAAGCGGGCAUGAGUUGUCAGCUGAUUCACUACGUGCAUGAAGAGCAUUACAAGUUCUUCGAGGUGUGCAAGAACUUUGAUGCCAUCAUCGUGCGUUGCAACCCUGGUCAGAUCAAGGCAGACGGGGGAGAUCAGGGCAAGUUCGACGAUGGCAUGCGUGCCAUGCGCAAGCUGGGCAUUCAGGUUUGGCCCUCACCCGACGUCAUGGAGUUCAUGGGUGCCAAGGACGCGCUUUGCAAGGUGGCCACAUUGAACAUUGGCUUGGAGGACACGCUCGCCUACUACUCGGCAGAGGAGUUUGCGGCAGGCUUCAAAAAGACGAUGGCUUUCCAGCCGCGUGUCAUCAAGCAGAACAGGGGCUCGUCAGGUGAGGGCAUCUGGAUCAUCAAGCUGAAAGCCGGCAACUACUGCAAGUCCUACGGAGAGAGGUCUUGCACAAACGACGAGGUGUUGGAUCUGAUGGAGGCGAACGACAACCAUGCUGAAGAGCACACCGUGGCGGAGUUCAUCGAGUUCUGUGUGAGCGGCCGCACGUCUAAGUCUGGAACUUGGACAUCGAAGGGCGUCGGCAAGUACUUGGAGGGUGGUAAGGCCGCAGGAGGGCAGCUCGUAGAUCAACGUUUUUGCCCACGCAUUGUGGAAGGUGAGCUGCGCUACAACAUGGUGGGCGACGCACUUGUUGGGAUUAUCCACAAGAAGCCCAAGGAGGGUGGAAUCUCAGCAGUGGGCGGCACAGGAUCUAUAUACACGUUCUACGGCCCGGAGGAACCUAAGUUCAAGGGUCUGACGGAGAAUUUCCUGAAGAGGGACUUGGAGCAUGUGAUGCCAUCCUUGGGUCUAGCAGACGAGCCGAUCCCGCUGUGGUGGACGACGGACUUCAUCCUUGCUUCGCCCGAGGGCACGCCUGCGGAUCAGGAGAAGUGGAUCGUCGGGGAGUUCAACUGCUCCUGCGUGGGCAUUUCCAAGUGCCUGGCUGCCUACUGCAAGGACGACACCCCCAACGCCUGCUACACCGACAUAUCGCCCGAAGAUCUGAAGGAGGCUCAAGGAUACGGGGACUUGAUGGGUGUGAAAGCGCUGGCCAUACUAGUUCGUGCCCGCAAUCCAGUGGACGUUUCUCCGAUCUCCCGGAUUGCAAAGGAUGAUCUCGGCUUGUUGGUGCAGCCAAAGAGGGCUCGGUUCAAGACUGCACUGGCCCAGAUCUACGUGCGCAGCCAGCCGUAUGGCGGCUCAGACAAGAGCUCGAACGGCCACCGCUAUGACUCCAUCCCUUUUGCCAACGGCAUGAUCAAUGCAGGCAUGAGUUGUCAGCUGAUUCACUACGUGCAUGAAGAGCAUGACAAGUUCUUCGAGGUGUGCAAGAACUUUGAUGCCAUCAUCGUGCGUUGCAACCCUGGUCAGAUCAAGGCAGAUGGGGGAGAUCAGGGCAAGUUCGACGAUGGCAUGCGUGCCAUGCGCAAGCUGGGCAUUCAGGUUUGGCCCUCACCCGACGUCAUGGAGUUCAUGGGUGCCAAGGAUGCGCUUUGCAAGGUGGCCACAUUGAACAUUGGCUUGGAGGACACGCUCGCCUACUACUCGGCAGAGGAGUUUGCGGCAGGCUUCAAAAAGACGAUGGCUUUCCAGCCGCGUGUCAUCAAGCAGAACAGGGGCUCGUCAGGUGAGGGCAUCUGGAUCAUCAAGCUGAAAGCCGGCAACUACUGCAAGUCCUACGGAGAGAGGUCUUGCACAAACGACGAGGUGUUGGAUCUGAUGGAGGCGAACGACAACCAUGCUGAAGAGCACACCGUGGCGGAGUUCAUCGAGUUCUGUGUGAGCGGCCGCACGUCUAAGUCUGGAACUUGGACAUCGAAGGGCGUCGGCAAGUACUUGGAGGGUGGUAAGGCCGCAGGAGGGCAGCUCGUAGAUCAACGUUUUUGCCCACGCAUUGUGGAAGGUGAGCUGCGCUACAACAUGGUGGGCGACGCACUUGUUGGGAUUAUCCACAAGAAGCCCAAGGAGGGUGGAAUCUCAGCAGUGGGCGGCACAGGAUCUAUAUACACGUUCUACGGCCCGGAGGAACCUAAGUUCAAGGGUCUGACGGAGAAUUUCCUCAAGAGGGACUUGGAGCAUGUGAUGCCAUCCUUGGGUCUAGCAGACGAGCCGAUCCCGCUGUGGUGGACGACGGACUUCAUCCUUGCUUCGCCCGAGGGCACGCCUGCGGAUCAGGAGAAGUGGAUCGUCGGGGAGUUCAACUGCUCCUGCGUGGGCAUUUCCAAGUGCCUGGCUGCCUACUGCAAGGACGACACCCCCAACGCCUGCUACACCGACAUAUCGCCCGAAGAUCUGAAGGAGGCUCAAGGAUACGGGGACUUGAUGGGCAAGAAGGCCAAAGCCAUCCUGAGCCGGGCGAAGGGUGGCUUGGGGAAGCGCACGCCGGGGGUCUUCAAGAUCGUCUUCCUGCGACACGGGGAGAGUGACUGGAAUGUGAAGAACAUCUUCACGGGCUGGGCGGACGUGGACCUCAGCGAGGCCGGCCGCCGCGAGGCGGUGGAGGCGGGGCGGAUGCUGCUGGACGAGGGCUUCCGCUUCGACAUCGUCUUCACGUCCGUGCUUCGCCGAGCCGUGCGCACGGCCUGGACGGCCUUGGCGGAGUCCUCGAACUUCGCGAUGCCCGUCAUCAACUCCUGGAGGCUCAAUGAGCGGCACUAUGGUGGCCUGCAGGGCUUGAACAAGGCAGAGACAGCUGCAAAGCACGGCGAGAAGCAGGUGAAGAUCUGGCGGAGGAGCUACGACAUCCCGCCGCCGGCAAUCAGUGCCUCAGAUCCGCGGCAUCCCUCCAAUGACCCAAUGUACCGUAACGUUCCCAAGACAGCCUUGCCUGGAGCAGAGUCCUUGUCGAUGACGGUGGACCGGGUGAUGCCUUUUUGGAACGACACCAUCGCGCCUUGCGUCAUGGCUGGGAAGAAUGUCCUUGUUGCAGCUCAUGGAAAUUCCUUGCGGGCGAUCUGCAAGUACUUGGAGGCCUCUGCCGCCUAG